GCAACAUGGCCGACCUGGGGAAGAAGUACUGCGUUAACUGCCUUGCAGAUGUUACAAACCUGCGGCUUCGCUGCACCGACUGUCCCGAUAUCGAGCUGUGCCCGGAGUGCUUCUCGGCGGGCGCAGAAAUCGGUAAUCACCGGAGAUGGCACGGCUACCAGCAGGUCGACGGCGGUCGGUUCUCUCUCUGGGGUCCCGAGGCAGAGGGAGGAUGGACCAGCAGGGAAGAGCAGUCGCUACUCGAUGCUAUCGAGCAGUUUGGAUUUGGAAACUGGGAGGACAUGGCCACCCAUGUUGGAGCAUCCCGUACUCCUCAGGAAGUCAUGGAACACUAUGUCACCAUGUACAUCCAUGGAAACCUGGGUAAGGCUUGCAUACCUGACAGUAUUCCCAACCGAGUAACUGACCACACCUGCCCGAGUGGAGGUCCCCUGUCGCCCAGCCUCACCACCCCUCUCCCCCCGCUGGAUAUCAGCCUGGCUGAGCAGCAGCAGCUGGGCUACAUGCCUCUACGUGACGACUAUGAGAUUGAAUAUGACCAGGACGCAGAGAAGCUCAUUAGUGGGCUGUCUGUGAACUACGACGAUGAGGAUGUGGAAAUUGAGAUGAAACGUGCCCACGUGGACAUGUAUGUGCGGAAGCUCAGAGAACGCCAGCGACGUAAGAACAUCGCCCGAGACUACAACCUGGUGCCUGUGUUCCUGGGCCGAGACAAGAAAGACAAGGAAAAGGAGAAACCAGGAGCUCUGGGAGUCCUAGGUGCUGCUGGUAGUGUGGGCGGGGCAGGAGCUGGCGGUGGUGCAAUUGGAUCAGGUUCUACAACAGCAGCAGGAUCAGGUUCUGUUCCUAGUACACCCAAAAGAAAGAUCACCAAGGAGGAGAAGGAGCAGCGGGUCAGGCUGCGGGGGCUCUGCCAGUUCAUGGCCCAUCGGGAGUUUGAAGACUUCUUUGAGAACAUGCAUAAAGAGCGUGUGCUGAGAGCCAAGGUGCGUGAGCUGCAGCGCUACCGACGCAAUGGCAUCACCCGCCUGGAAGAGUCGGCUGAGUAUGAAGCAGCGCGCCACAAACGGGAGAAACGCAAGGAGAACAAAAGCGUGGUCACCUCCAAACGGGGCAGUGGAGGGGGGGGUGGACUCGGCUCGGGGAUGGGACUCGGGGGUGGAGCUGGAGGGGGAGGAGGCAUUGCUGGAGGGUUGGGAGUUGGAGGUGGGAUCAAAGAAGAGGGUAAAGAUGGGGAGUUUGCUGCCAUUGAGAAUCUGACAGGCUUUGAACUGCUGUCAGACAGGGAGAAGGUGCUGUGUAACUCUCUGAACCUAAGCCCAGCACGCUACCUGACUGUCAAAACCAUCAUCAUCAAAGAUCACUUGCAGAAAAGGCAAGGCAUCCCGGCUAAGAGCCGACUGCCCAGCUACCUGGACAAAGUCCUCAAGAAGCGCAUACUCACCUUCCUCACAGAAAGUGGCUGGAUAUCCCGAGACGCCUCUUAGCAAUCCAUCUUUUGUCAGGAGGCAAUACGUUGAUGAUCUCUGAUAGCGGAUUUGCUACAAGCUCUGGGGACAAAACUACUGGCUGUCACCAUUUUUUCAAAGGUGACCCCUGUGAAUAUGUGCAUUGCAAAGGAAGAGGAUGCCCCGCUGGGAAAAAGUAUAUUUUCAUACCAGGGCUAGGAACAAAAAUUAAGCAUAUAUUUUUGCAUUUGGAAAGGGACUGGGGUGGAAUACAUGUCUGUGGGUUCACAGUACUUUCUGUCUGUAUUGUUACACAUGGCGAUAACUCCAGUGCUAACAAGUGUUAGGUAGUUGCAAAGAUAUUUUAGUGUUAUUGUAACAGGUCCAAUGAAGAUGUCUAUGGAGAGAUAGUAUACCCCAACAUCACAUUUACUGGAAAUAGAAUGUUUGACAGCUACUAAUUAUGAGUGAUCAGAAUGAUCAGUAUCUCUCAGAUCUCACCUUACCUACUUUGUUAGGUUCCAUCAGUUAAAACUGCAGCAGGAAGUAGCUAUUUGAAUUUUCUAACAUUUAAAGAAGGAUCUCAAUUUCAUAGAAAUUGUCAUGCAACUUAAGUAAACUCAACUCUCAGACCCAUUUCUGUCCUCUUAACUGGCUACAAGCGAGGGAAAAGAAAAGGCAGCAUUGUCAAGGUUUCUCUUGACUGAGUGCUUGCUGCUGCCUGGAAGGCAAUUUGUAUCAGACUCCAACUGAUGGAUUAACAUGGAGCUAGAUUGAUAAAUUGGCUGCUGUGAUAAAUCGGCCAGUAUCAGCUUAGCACAGAUAUAUCAGGUCAUAUAUGGGGUCGUAUGUUGGCCAAUAACGAGAAAUGCCAAAGAUAUGUUAAGAGAUAGUGUAGACACAGUCUGUCCACUAGAGGGCACUGACAAGUUCAUUUUCAAAUGCAAAACUUCUCACAAGUCUCAAAAAUCUAACUGAUCCUGAUCAAAAAUAUUCAUUCAAAUGAUGUACUAUUUUAUGUUAGAAAAAAAAGAUCCUCUGCUGAUUUCUCUAUAAUAUUAGUAUAAUAUAUAUAUUAGUAUAAUAUGCAGGGUCUUCCUAAAAUAGCACCACAAAAAGUGUUCAAUUGGAUCCCAUUACUCAUGAUAAGACGCUGAUUGAGAAAAUAUGAAACUGGGGCCUUAAGUAAUCCAUAUCAGCCUCUUAAGUCCUUUAUUUAAGCCUUUUAGUUUCACCUGAAAGUUUUUGGAGCUCCACCUGGUGAAUUUGGCCCAAAAACUUGACUUUUACAUAAACAUCAAGUGCAGCUUAGCACAGCAUUAAAUGUUCUACUGUCCACUGGGUACGAUACAGGUAAAGAAGCUCAUUGUUAAUGAAGGGCAUUAACCAAUGAUACUCAGAUGCUUAAGCACAAUUCCAAGAUGAUUGUUACCACGUGUGUAUGCAUGGCGGCUUAUAUGACACUUCUUGCACACUUAAAAAGCAGUAUACCUCCUCAAUGUAUGCAUUUGAGUUUCCACAGUCUUCAAACUUAACGUCAGCCAUGUGUUCGACCACUUUACAUGCACUCAGCUUUGCAAAUGGUCUGUCAGACCUGUUACCUGCCCUUCUCUUUGGAAGCCUGCUGUUAGUCUUUCAAAGGUAACUUGGUCUUGAAGGCAGAAUUUCCUGCUUUUCUGUGCUUUUUUGCAAAGCAGAGCUGAGUGGUGCUCAUUCUGCUAUUUAAAUUUAAAUGACGUUAUUGAAUCCGCUGUUAUUUCACAGCCGGAGCAAGGGUGUUAAAAUUCAAGAGAAGAGAGUGUGGAUAUUACCUGAGCUGGAGUAUGUGCUAGAUUCAUAUUCCUUUCUUCUUUACUGUCUGGGGGAAAAUAGGCUGUUUUUGGAGGAAAUGAAAGUCGUGAGUGGCAUUAGUUUUGUAGUGUUAGGCUUUACUUUAAGUGUAGCUUUGCCUUUGUUUGUGGUUGCGGAAGAGGACUGUGGAGGGUUUUAAUGUUCUUCUCUGAUCAUAAAUCAGUCGUAUUUCAGCAGUGUGGUGCUCCAAACCAUGUACCAUUUUAGUCAAACAUUACAGCUAUCUUCAGCUGAGGUUCUUUAUUUAUCUUAAUGCUAGCAAAUCCCAUGAAAACACCCAUACCAACAAUGAAUGUAUCCCACUAACAAGUACUGUUUGUGUAUCCAAAGCCCGAUCUAUCUAAUUCCUAUUAAAAACUUAAUAGCAUAAACACUUGGUAGAACACCAAAUGUGUAUUAAUCCACCACUGAAAAUAGUCCCAAACAAAUGCAUUUCCUCCUGUUUGAAUAACAUUUGCAAAAACUACAUUGCCAAUUGUUUUUUGGAAAUCCUUUUUAAAAAGUAGAGUAUAUAUAUUCAUGACUCAUUCUUCCUGAAGAUUUAUGUCUCCCAUUGGAACUAGAGGGCUUGGGUGUGCUUGAGUGUCACAGACAGGGUAGAAAAGUUUAAAAAGUAUUAAGGGAUGGACUCACUUUUUGUUUCUGGAGAUUUGUGGACAUCAAGAAAAAUAUUCUCUUUUUUAUCUUUCACUGAUGAGAACCUCUUCAUCUCUGUUUUGUUGCUUGACUUUGGGCUUUAGUGGCACAUGAUUUGGAGAGCCACAGAAGUGUGUGAAAAAUUGAUCAAUUGAGGGGGAAAAAAAUAAUUGUUCUAAAUUCAUAGUGGGUCAGCUCCAGCACGUAGUUUAGUUUAGACUUUUGUAGCUGCGUAUUAACCCAUUGCUAACACGCUGUGAUUGGAGUGAGAUGUAUUAUGAGCUGUUGUGAGUUUAUUGAAGAUGCUGAGGGAGCAACAGGCCACUCGUUUUAUGUUGAAGCUAAGGGGGAAGAGUGAGGAUUGUGCUGUUGUUAAAAUAAGAAAUAAAAAGCAUUUUCCAGAUGAGAGGUCAGCUCACAGGGCCAAAAUUCCACCUCACCUGAAUGUUUUAGAAAGGUGAUGCUAAUUUCCAGCCUAAAAACCAAACAGCAAUGACAUAGAACAGUUAACUGAAGCUAUUUGAUGGUUCUCCUUUUUUUAAAAAAAUGUCCUUUUUUUCCAGAUUUUGACAGUGGUGUCGUUCGGCAUGUGCAACCAAAUUUUCCAAAGUGUUGUGUUUCGGUGUACAUGUCUCAAAGGAAAAUAUGACAGUUAACAUUUUUUUUUUCCUAGUGGGGGAAUUUAUUUUGUAAGGAUGUAAAUAAUUUUGUAAGAUAAAUUGGAAAAAGAAAGUAUAAUUACUGACCUGUGAAAUGUACAGUAUUUUGUGUCAUGGAAAUUUUUAUAGUUUUUGUAAUAAAAAAAACAACAGAUUUUUGGAUUACAGAGAAUCACUUUCUGAACCUUUGGUUAUAGUGAUGGCAUGCUUUUGAGCUGUCUUUAAUCUUGUUUCCAGUUUUGCUGUCCCGUUACUUUGUUGUUGCGAUAUGACAAGGUAUGUAUGGAGAUGUAUUAAAAGUGCAUACUUUAUAA